CACACAGACACACACACACACACACACAGACACAGACAGGACUAUGAGACGGAGGCAGAAGCGGCUCCUCCAGGCUGUGGGUUUGGUUAUUCUCGCACUGGUCUUUCUGCCCAACGUGGGGCUCUGGUCUCUGUACCGAGAGAAGCAGUUAGACAGCCCCACCGGACCCGUACAGGGUCUACCAAUCAGGCCAAGGAAAGAGAACAAUUUGGGCGGAGAUGGAGUGAAGAAGAAAGAUUGGCACGAUUAUGAGACGAUCAGGAGGGAUGCAACAAAAUUAGGAAAUGGAGAACAGGGCAAGCCUUUCCCAAUGACUCCCGAAGAUCAAGCUGAUCAAGCGUACAGGGAAAAUGGUUUCAAUAUCGUGGUCAGCGAAAAGAUUUCCUUAAAUCGGAGCCUCCCUGAUAUCCGACACCCAAACUGCAAGAAAAAACUGUACCUGGAGAAGCUUCCAAAUACCAGCAUCAUAAUCCCAUUCCACAACGAAGGCUGGUCCUCUCUGCUCCGCACUGUCCACAGUGUCCUUAAUCGCUCACCCCCAGAGCUUAUCAUGGAGAUUGUUCUCGUCGAUGACUUCAGUGACAAAGAACAUUUGAAGAAGCAGUUGGAGGAAUACAUGGCCCGAUUCCCAAAGGUCCGGAUUUUGCGCACGAAGAAGAGGGAAGGUUUAAUUCGAACACGGCUACUGGGGGCUUCGUUCGCAACGGCAGACGUUAUAACCUUCCUGGACUCUCAUUGCGAGGCGAACGUGAAUUGGCUUCCUCCGUUACUUGACAGGAUUGCUCAGAGCCGCAAGACUAUCGUCUGCCCGAUGAUUGAUGUGAUUGACAACGAGCAUUUUGGAUAUGAGACGCAGGCUGGUGACGCUAUGCGAGGAGCAUUUGACUGGGAAAUGUACUACAAACGUAUUCCGAUUCCAGCAGAGCUGACGAAAAGUGACCCGAGCGAGCCUUUCGAAUCCCCUGUGAUGGCGGGAGGAUUGUUCGCCGUGGACAGAAAGUGGUUCUGGGAGUUGGGCGGUUACGACACGGGUUUAGAAAUCUGGGGAGGAGAACAGUACGAAAUAUCUUUCAAGGUCUGGAUGUGUGGUGGACGGAUGGAAGACAUUCCUUGCUCCAGGGUCGGACAUAUCUACAGGAAAUAUGUACCCUACAAGGUUCCAAAUGGUCUUGGCUUGCCCAGAAAUUUGAAGCGAGUGGCCGAGGUGUGGAUGGAUGAGUAUGCCGAGUAUCUCUAUCAGCGGAGGCCAGAGUACAGACACAUCUCAGCCGGGGAUGUAACUCUGCAGAAAGAACUGAGGAAUUCUCUGAACUGCAAAAACUUCAAGUGGUUCAUGACUGAAGUUGCAUGGGAUCUACCCAAGUACUAUCCACCAGUGGAACCACCAGCGGGUGCCUGGGGAGAGAUCCGCAAUGUUGGGGCAGGUCUGUGCAUAGACAGUAAACAUGGGUCCUCAGGCACACCUCUGAGAUUGGAAGUGUGUGUCAAAGAUGGGGCGGAUGGUGCCUGGUCCCACGAACAAGUAUUCACGUUGGGCUGGAGAGAAGAUAUACGCCCUGGAGAUCCUUUGCACACUCGAAAAUUUUGUUUUGAUGCCGUUUCCAACAACAGUCCGCUCUCACUGUACGACUGCCACGGAAUGAGGGGCAACCAGCUAUGGCAAUAUAAAAAGGAUAAGACUCUCUACCAUCAAGUCACUAACAGCUGCCUAGACUCCAGUGGAACUGAUAAAAAGAUCUUUAUGAAUAUCUGCCACCCGUCAUCCGCUAAUCAGCAGUGGGUGUUCGAAAAUACAAAUGCAACAGUGCUGGAAAAAUUCAACAAGAGGAAGGACUUGUAGUAACUGGUGAUUCCCGGCGAUUGAAAUGUUUUCCUUCAUUCUUAUCAAGGGUGUUUUUUUAGGGGAUGUUUUUGUACCUAUCAAAAAAUCCAGGGUUUUUUUUAUAUUCUUUCCGGUAUUUUUGAAAGGUUAAUCUCAGGAAUGAAUUGGGUACAAGGCAGGUGUUUGUUCAUGAUGAAGUUGGACGCUCUUACAGUGCGCCAGUACUUUUCAUGCUGAAAUAAUGAAACUAUUUACUAGUGCCUUGCAGGUGAAACACACAAGAAUCCAUCCGUACGUGAUUACAAAUCAUACCUCACCUGACAGCUACCCGUCCUACUCUUUGGCUAUUUAUUUUCUAAUCAAGAGAUAUGAUGUGAUCUAGUCCAAUUGGCUAAAUGGAAUACGUGAACGAUUUUUUAAAAAAAACAAUAGCUGACGCGAUGGCACUUUAAAAG